AUGACUCAAGCUGAGGUUAUCCACGAGGAGGACAAGGAGAAGGAAAGUGAGAAGCACGACGCGGCCAUCAUCUCGCCGGACAACGAAAUCGAGGCCUACGAGAAUCGGGCCUUGGACUUGCGAAGCGUCCUGGGUAUUGUGGCGUUGGCCUUUACCUAUGAAGCCUGCAUCCUGUCAUUCAUCGUUCCCGUCGUCAUUCUGUUGACCAUCAACGCCGACAUUGGGCCUUCGACUCAAAUUGCAUGGGUCGCCCAAGCCUGGACUGUUGGUGGCGCGGUCACUCAGACCGUGGCCGGUCGUUGCAGCGACAUCUUUGGUCGCCGGAACUUCUUCAUCGCAGGCAAUCUUCUUGGUUUAGUUGGAACUAUUGUGGCAAGCCGAGCCGAUAAGGUCAACCAAGUUAUUGCUGGCACAGCCUUGAUGGGUGUCGCUGGUGGUAUUCAGCAAAUCGCGUAUGCGGCCGCCAACGAGAUUGUCCCCCGAAAACAUCGAGGCAGCGCCAUCGCCUUUAUGAAUGUGUUUGCGCUCCCCGGGUCAGCAUUUGGCUCCGUCAUUGCAUAUGCGAUCGUUGCGGAUUUGAAUUGGCGCUGGACAUUCUAUCUCGGGGCCAUUGCCAACGGCUGGGCGUUCUUGUUGAUCGCCAUCUUUUACUGGCCCCCUGGCUUUGUUGGCCUUCACCCAGGAAAGACCAGGUUCCAGCAAUUCAAAGAGCUGGACUUUUUCGGGCUGGUCUUGUUUGGCGGUGGCCUGACGUGUUUCCUGCUCGGUAUCUCCUGGGGCGGCAACCCAUAUCCCUGGACCAGCGCACAUGUGCUGGCACCGUUGAUUCUCGGAGCUGUCACCCUCAUCGUGGCAUUCCCGCUCUGGGAGAUUUACAGUCCCGACAACCUGGCCAAGCUGUUCCCUCCGGGCGUGAUGAAGAACGUGAGGGGUUUUAGUCUGCCGUUGGUUGCGAUCCUGAUUUCAGGAAUGUCGCUGCAAUCUCUUCAAAUCUUGUGGCCCCAGCAGGUGCAGUACUUGUUCACCCAGGUGCCCAGGACCAUUGGAUGGUACAGUCUGGCUUUCAAUCUUGCGGCAACCAUUGGAAUCGUCGUGUCCGGAACCCUGUUUGGCGUGGUCAAACGGACCAAUUGGCAAUUCUUUGUCGCCACAUUGUUGCAGACAACCUUCAUCGGCGCCAUGGCGUCUGUGAAUGAGAACACGCCCGCGCGAGGCAUUGUGCUGGUGGCAUUUGCGUCCUUUUGGGUUUCGGCUGCGCAGGUCAUCGGUGUGCUCCUCGUCCAGUUUGGUGUUGAGGACAAGGAUAUCGGUGCUGCCACAGGUAUUCGAGGCUCGACACUGGCCUUUGGCGGCGCCAUCGCCGUCGGCAUCUACAGCAGCAUCCUGAACAACAAGGUCUCGGACGAGCUUGCGCCGCGCGUAGCUGAAGCGGCGAUCGGGGCGGGCUUGAACCCAGAUAACCUCGAAUCCUUUAUCGUUGCAUUGACGACAGGCUCUACUGCGGCUCUGGGGGCCAUACCGAACAUUACCCCGGCAAUCAUCAACGCAGGCGCAGAGGCUCUCAAGUCGGUACACUCGGACGCCUUCAGGCUGGUUUACCUCGUCAGUCUAGCCUUUGGCGGUAUCGCCGUUAUCGCAGCGGCGUUUGUCAAGAGUGUCGACCAUAAAUUGACCCAGUAA